AUGGAGGAUCGCAAGCACGAGUCACCACGUCCGCUCGACAUUGUCGUGGUCGGCGCAGGCAUGGCGGGCUUGUCGGUGGCCAUUGCUUGCCAACUGGCUGGGCAUCACGUCACAGUCUUCGAAGCCGCCAAGGAGCUCAAAGAGAUCGGCGCUGGACUCCAACUCACCCCGAAUGGCGUCCACAUCGUCCGGCGCUGGGGGGUGCCCGCCUGGCUGUGGGAAACUAGAGCCGAGCCCUCUUCAUUCAUCGUGCACCGGUAUGACGGCAGGACACUCAUCCAGAAAGACGACUUCAACACGGACCUCCGACAGCGUUACGGUGCUCCCUUUCUCAACCUCCACCGUGUCGAUCUGCAGCUCGCCCUAGUCGAGCGCGCGAAAGAGCUGGGCGUGCAGAUCAGGCUCGGUCAGCGUGUCGACGACAUCGACUUGUCGGCGACCCAGAUCGCUUGCGCGUCCGGCCACAUGGCUCGCGCAGAUCUGAUUGUCGCGGCUGAUGGGCUUUGGUCGAAAUGCCGGUCGCUAUCUACAUCGAACAUCCGGCACCCUCACGACGACGACGACGACGACAACGACCCCCCACUUCCGACGGGGGAUCUCGCCUACCGCAUCGCCCUGAACCUCACGGAUAUCACGGACCCGGAGCUCCGCGAGUGGGUGCAGAACCCAAAGAUACGCGUCUGGAUCGGGCCCGGGGCACACGCGGUAGGCUACUCGCUCCGAGGAGGGACGAUGUACAAUAUCGUCCUGCUAGUCCCCGACGAUCUGCCGGAGCAUGUGAGGCGCCAGGAAGGGUCAGUUAGGGAGAUGAUGUCGCUCUUUGAAGGGUGGGAUCCGGUGCUGACGCGGUUCUUGGGGAUGGUGGGCGAGGUUGAUAAGUGGAAGUUGAUGCAUCGGAAACCACUGCCAAGGUGGAUCAGCCCAGAGUCAAACCUCGUGUUCGUAGGGGAUGCAUGCCACCCGAUGCUCCCAUAUCUCGGACAGGGCGCCAACCUCGCCAUCGAGGACGGGGCUGUGCUCGGUCUGCUCCUCCGCGAGGUGACUUGUCGCAGUCAGCUGCCUCGGGCUUUAAGCAUAUAUCAACAGCUCCGCAAACCUCGCGGGGAAGCUGUUGUGGUAGAAACCUUUGGCCAGCGCGAUGCCUGGCACUUGGCGGAUGGCCCGGAGCAAGAAGCCAGAGACGCCAUUUUCCACAUCUCCCAACCAGGCGCAGGCAUCCGCGAGCCGUUCCCAAGCCGCUGGAUCUGUCCCACCGUGCAGCAGUGGUUGUUUGGAUACGAUGCAUGGAGGGAGGUCGACCUAGCGCUGUCUCGACGACCCUUUGCGUCCAAGCGGAAGAAAGACAGUUCAAUAGUGCGAAAAGUCUCUUGGGCACCUGGCUCUGUUGUUCGUCAGCUGCGGGCUUCGAUCGUCAAGCUAGCCAGAAUUCUCAAGAAGCGCUUGGUAUUGUAACUCGUGGGCCAGAUAGGCUGCGAUUUCGAUCAUGGGCACUCUACGGGAUACGAGAGUGAUGAGCAGGAACGCGAAAUCUGAAAAGAACCAACAUAGAAACGAAUGGUGCUGGCUCAUCUCCCCUCUAGGCGUCAGAAUACCCUCGUUGGCUUUACACUUGCUGCAGAAGUCAGGGUAACCAAGGUAUUCACAACAGGCUUGUACCAUUGUCAGUUUUGAUGCUAUCAGAAACAG